AUGCAGUGGCGAGCUGCUGCACCCGGCCUUGGCUUGAGCAUCCUUGCAAGAAACCAGCUCUUUGUUCAACUUUCGACCUUGGUUGUUGGAAGCACCUUUAUUGGCACGGGAUUCCAGCGUGUUAGUUCAAGUUUCUUGCAGAAAUACAUCCGAUGGCCGAAAAGCUGCAACAAUUUGGCCUUCAUCAUCGGCUGCAGCUCCUCCAUCAUUUGGGCAGGAGGUGGUCUUUCCAUCACCCAUCGAGCCAUGGGAGAUGUCGGAUCAUUAGGUCUUGCCCUGUGGGCCGGAGCGCUCUACAUGUUGUGUUUCGCUUGCGUCACGCAGCAAUGGCAAGUUUACAUCUUGAACGCUGUCCUUUUGGGCCCACAAGCUUUAGCUUUCCCCGCUAUCUCUGCAAUAAAGAGUCGGCUGGUCGCAGAACACGAGCAGGGCCUUCUUCAAGGUGCUUUGACCACCGGCAAGAGCAUUGCCGAGUGUAUUGGUCCUAUUCUCUUCGGUUUCCUCUUCGAGGCCUUCAGCCGGCCUUUCGAGGGUGACUCGGGUGACUCCGGACACUCUCAGUUUGCUUCGAGGUGCUUGUGCUGCGCGUCCUGGUUUCAACAAAACUUCACAUUCUCCUACGGCUUCAAUCACAGGAUCCCAAUUCUGAUCGCAUUCCUCCUCUGCCUUCCACUUCUCUGCCUAACCGCCGUCAUCCCCCAGAAGCUGGCCAACUUUGAGCAACAGCUACUUGACCGGACGGUGAAUAUCGAGAUGGAAAACCUGGAGGCUGAAGACGUGAGCUUGCUGGACCCGAGCCAGAGGGACAAACUGCUUUAGCGCCUAGCUUGGAGGCGUUUCCAGGUCCUUGUGCUGAAAAGGCGGCUGAUGAUGGGCGCCGUGACGGUUUCACCGGGUUCCAUGUGUUGGGAUCGAUGAGACACAAGGUUUCUGUAUCUCAACGGCGCAGACGCCAGAGUUUCAGAUCUCUCCCAGACAAUGGCUCUGAGAAUCGAUUCAACGUGGUGGAGG